CACGAGACAGUUGUUGUUUGUACAGUCGAGCCGAGAUGAUGGUUAGAAUUCGUGAUUCAUGUUCGUUUGUUCAGAGCUGCGUCCUUCUGGCGCUGCUCGUCGCCGUUCACGUGGCAGGACGAGAGAUCUGUGAUCAAACAAAAUGUCCUGGCCCCUUGAGAUAUUACAAGGAUCUCGGUUGCAAACCGGUGUACAACAAACCUGACGACUGUUGUCCAAAAAGUUUCAAUUGUGAUCAUUUAAAAGGCUUGUCAAAGGAUAAGUGUUACGCAAAUGGUCACGAGUAUAAUAUCGGGGAAGAAUUGAAGGACGAGGACAAGAAUCCUUGCGAUUUUGCGUGCAAAUGUAUGUCGUUUGAUAAAAGUCCUCCCAGUUUCAUUUGCGCGGCUUACGACUGUGCUUUCAUGUCGCAACCCAACUGUUACUACCAAAACUCGUAUGAUUCGUGCUGUCCAGGACCAUACGUUUGUCUUAAGGAAGGAGAAGAGAGACCUACUUGCGAAGUAGACGGCAAAAUUUACAAAGACGGAGAAUCCUUUAGUCCAAAAUCCGAUCCGGAAUUGGAUUGUUACUGCAAACCAGGAUACGAAGGUGAAAACGUGGAACCAUUUUGCAAGAAACCGAAUCGUGAUUAUUGUUCUCCCCUGUUUCGAAAUGCGGCUGAUGUGCACCGAAUGUGUGCACCCGUAUUUUACGAUGGGCAAAAUCCACAAAAAGAUUGCAGCGUUACUUCCAGAUGUCAAAAUGCGAACGAUACCGUUAUUCAUAAUCAUGACAGUGGUAAAUCUUUAUCUGACGACGAAGAAAGUAACGUAUGCAUUUUCGGUGACAUGAAGAUGCACGUGGGCGAUGAACUUAAUCAAGGAACAGACUACGAUUCCGUUUGCGUGAAAUGCGUUUGUGAAGUGCCACCUUUCCCCACGUGUCAACGUCUUCCGUACUCCAAAUGCAACGAUACACUCGAGCCUGUCAUGUAUGCUCCCAGUGAUUUAGAAUCUAUUCCAAGAGCAGAAGGUUUCUAAAUUUCAGAAGGUUAUUCCGAAACAAUCAAACGUUUUUCAAAUCGUUCUGGUUUAGCAUGUAUACUGGUGUCCGUAGUUUCAUAACUUGUAAGAUAUGUAACAUAUGUGCAAAUUUAAAUAAACCCUAACAUGUUGAGUACGAUGUCUAACAGUGUAAAAUAUGAUAUGAAACUAAAAAGGUCGUAGUAAAGAAACUAGAAAGUUGUUCAGUCGUAAAACAGAAAAUGUGAAUUUGCAGAUAUGUUGCAAAAUAUGUGACAUAUGUGCAAAUUUAGAUAAACCUUAACACAUUGAGUACGAUGUCUAACAGUGUAAAAUAUGAUACGAAAGUAAAAAAGUUGUAGUAAAGAAACUAGAAUGUUGUAGUUCAGUUGUAAAACGGAAAAUGUGAAUUUGUUCAUAUGUUGCAAAAUAUGCAACACAUGUGAAUUUAGAUGAAGUACAUGUAACACGUUGAGUGCCAUGUCUUUGGCUAAUAGUGUAAAAUAUGAAACUGGAAAAUUGA